AUGACUUCAGUUCAACUCACCACGCCAUCAACUGGCAAGUACACUCAACCCACAGGAUUGUUCAUCAACAACGAGUGGGUUAAGGGUGUCGACGGCAAGACCUUCGAGACCAUCAACCCCACCAACGAGGAAGUCAUCUGCUCCGUCUCCGAGGCCACCGAGAAGGACGUCGAUAUCGCCGUAGCAGCCGCCCGCAAGGCAUUCGAGGGAUCAUGGAGAAAGGAGACACCAGAGAACAGAGGCAAGCUGCUGGUCAAGCUCGCCGAUUUGAUUGAGAGGGACCUCGAUCUCCUCGCUGCCGUUGAGUCUCUCGACAAUGGCAAGGCUCUUGGUAUGGCCAAAGGUGACGUCGCUGCGGUCGCUGGAUGCUUGAGAUACUACGGAGGCUGGGCCGACAAGAUCGAGGGCAAGGUUAUUGAUACCAAUUCGGAGACUUUCACAUACACAAGACAAGAACCCAUUGGUGUUUGCGGUCAAAUUAUUCCAUGGAAUUUCCCAUUGCUCAUGUGGGCAUGGAAGAUCGGUCCCGCUGUUGCCACCGGUAACACUGUUGUUUUGAAGACUGCUGAGCAGACUCCUCUCUCUGGUCUUGUUGCUGCAAACUUGGUCAAGGAGGCCGGUUUUCCACCAGGAGUUAUCAACAUCAUAUCUGGUUUUGGAAAGGUCGCUGGUGCAGCUAUUUCUGCCCACAUGGACGUUGACAAGGUUGCAUUCACUGGUUCAACUGUCGUCGGUCGUCAAGUCAUGAAGGCUGCUGCUGGCUCCAACUUGAAGAAGGUUACUCUCGAGCUCGGAGGCAAGUCACCAAACAUUAUUUUCAACGACGCAGAUAUCGAUAACGCCAUCUCCUGGGUUAACUUUGGUAUUUUCUUCAACCACGGCCAAUGCUGCUGUGCUGGUUCCCGUGUUUACGUCCAAUCCGGUAUCUACGACAAGUUCGUUCAGAGAUUUAAGGAGCGUGCCACCCAAAACAAGGUCGGUGACCCAUUCCAGGCCGAUACCUUCCAGGGACCACAAGUUUCUCAAGUCCAAUAUGACCGCAUUAUGGGUUACAUCCAAGAGGGUAAGAAGUCUGGUGCCACGGUCGUCACUGGAGGUGAGCGCCACGGAGACAAGGGAUACUUCAUCCAGCCUACCAUUUUCUCUGAUGUCACUGAAGACAUGAAGAUCAUGCAAGAGGAGAUCUUUGGCCCCGUCUGCUCGAUCGCCAAGUUCGAGACCGAGGAGGAGAUCAUCAAGACCGGAAACAACACCACCUACGGUCUUGCCGCCGCUGUCCACACCAAGGAUCUGAACACCGCCAUCCGCGUCGCCAACGAGCUCCGCGCCGGUACCGUCUGGGUCAACUCGUACAACAUGUUGCACCACCAGGUCCCAUUCGGAGGAUACAAGGAGUCUGGUAUCGGACGAGAGCUCGGCGAGGCUGCGUUGGCCAACUACACUCAGACCAAGUCGGUAUCUAUCCGCUUGGGUGAUGCUCUCUUCGGUUAA